ACCCUGAUGCGGCGAGAGUCAGCCUCUCUCAGAGGCUCGUCUUGCGAUAGGGUGGAUAUCAGCCUACCGCGUCACGGUUUGGAUAAGGCACGUGAGGACAGGACAGGAGCGAGGACAAGGGGCUGAAGAGGCGCUGGUGUGACGAGCUUACAGCCCGGAGUAGGAGGGGUUGAGAGGAUCAUAGGUUAUAUUGAGACGUAAAUAUUUAGACAACAACCAGACAUGGAUGUGGACGAAAUGGAUAAAUUGCCCGCGGCCAAACACGAACAAAAUGGACAUUUAAGUGGCAAGGACAAAAAAAAGGAGAAAGAAAAAGUGGCAAACUUGCCCAUGGUUGGCCCCAUUGAUGUGUUUAGGUUUGCAAAAGGCAUGGACAUUAUUUUGAUCCUGGCUGGGAGCGUCUGUGCCAUUGCCAACGGUGUAACUCUUCCUCUCAUGUGUAUUGUGUUUGGGGACAUGACAGACAGCCUUGUACAUAACCCCUCUCCUGGACAAAACCUCAACAACACCAAUGUCACCAACAUACAAAUAAACAGCACCUUAGAGGAAGAAAUGACAAGAUAUGCCAUUAGCUACUCCAUAUUGGGUUUUGUCGUGCUGGUGGUAGCCUACGGGCAGGUGGCCUUCUGGACCCUGUCUGCCGGGCGGCAGGCAAAACACAUCCGCACGUUGUUUUUCCACCGCAUCAUGCAGCAGGACAUCGGCUGGUUCGAUGUCUCUGAAACAGGAGAGCUCAACACACGUCUCACAGAUGAUGUCUAUAAGAUCCAAGAAGGUAUUGGUGACAAGGCCGGGAUGCUUCUUCAGGCCUUCAGCACCUUCAUCACAUCCUUCAUCAUCGGCUUUGCCAAAGGCUGGAAACUCACUCUAGUCAUCCUGGCUGUGAGCCCUGCACUUGGCCUUUCAGCUGGAAUUUUCUCGAAGUUGCUAGCGACUUUCACUUCUAAAGAGCAGGCUGCGUAUGCCAAAGCUGGAGCUGUGGCAUCAGAGGUAAUCUCUGCUGUCAGGACAGUGUUUGCUUUCAGUGGUCAGGAAAGAGAAAUCAAGAGAUACAAUAAGAACUUGGAGGAUGCAAAGAACGUGGGAAUAAAGAAGGCGACAUAUGCUAACUUUGCCUUUGGCAUCAACUUCCUGAUGAUCUACCUGUCCUAUGCUCUGGCCUUCUGGUACGGAAGUACACUCAUCCUGAGCAAUGAGUACACCAUUGGAACUGUACUCACUGUGUUCUUCGUUGUGCUUAUUGGAGCGUUCACUGUGGGACAGACCUCUCCUAACAUCCAGAACUUUGCCAGUGCCCGAGGAGCUGCACAUAAAGUGUAUAGCAUUAUUGAUCACAAACCGACCAUCGACAGCUAUUCAGGGGCCGGCUUCAAACCUGAUUCCAUCACAGGAAACAUAGAGUUCAAGAACAUCCACUUCAACUACCCCUCAAGGCCGGAUGUCAAAGUAUUACAUAACUUUUCUUUGAGCGUGAAGAGCGGGCAGACCAUUGCCUUGGUUGGCAGCAGCGGCUGUGGUAAAAGCACUACGGUCCAGCUGCUGCAGAGGUUCUACGAUCCUCAAGAAGGAUCUAUGACUAUCGACGGUCACGACAUCCGUUCUCUUAACGUCCGCUACCUGAGAGAGAUGAUAGGAGUGGUGAGUCAGGAGCCCAUCCUCUUUGCCACCACCAUCGCUGAGAACAUCAGAUACGGCCGACUUGACGUGACGCAGCAGGAGAUCACACAAGCUGCCAAGGAGGCUAAUGCUUACAACUUCAUUAUGGACUUUCCUGACAAGUUUGAGACGAUGGUCGGUGACCGAGGGACUCAAAUGAGUGGAGGACAGAAGCAGAGGAUUGCGAUUGCUCGAGCUCUAGUCCGCAACCCCAAAAUCCUUCUGUUGGACGAAGCCACAUCUGCUCUUGAUGCUGAGAGUGAGACCAUUGUGCAAGCUGCACUCGACAAGGUUCGACAGGGUCGUACCACCAUAGUUGUUGCCCACCGCCUCUCAACCAUCAGAAACGCCGACGUCAUCGCUGGCUUUCAGCAAGGUGAAAUUGUAGAGCUAGGGACUCACAGUCAACUGAUGGAAGAACAGGGAAUCUACCAUACACUGGUCACCAUGCAGACCUUUCAAAAUGUCGACGAGGGGGAGGAGGCGGAGUGGGAGCAUUCCGUGGACAAGAAGAGCCCGUUAGACAAGACCCAUUCUCAGUCCUCUCUGCACAGGAGGAAGUCCACAAGAGGUGCCUCCUUUGCUGCCUCAGAGGGAGAGAAAGAGGAAAAAGACAAGUUGAAGGAUUACGGUACAGAAGAGGAUGAAAAUGUUCCCAUCAUGUCGUUCCCUCAAUUGCUGCGUCUCAACCUUCACGAGUGGCCGUACAUUUUGGUAGGGACCAUCUGUGCCAUCUUUAACGGAGCCAUGCAACCAUUGUUUGCUGUCAUCUUCUCCAAGAUCAUCACCGUGUUUGCAGAACCAGAUCAAGAAAUUAUCAGAGCAAGAUCUACAUUCUAUUCUCUGAUGUUUGUCGUUAUUGGAGUUGUAACUUUCAUCACCAUGUUUCUACAGGGCUUCUGUUUUGGUAAAUCUGGAGAGAUCCUGACCCUUAAACUGAGACGCGAUGCCUUCACGGCCAUGAUGAGACAGGACCUCGGCUGGUUUGACCACCCCAACAACAGUGUUGGAGCGCUCACUACGAGACUGGCCACAGACGCAGCCCAAGUGCAAGGGGCUACAGGAGUACGUAUGGCCACGUUUGCCCAGAACUUAGCCAACAUGGGCACCUCUGUGAUCAUCUCCUUUGUGUACGGCUGGCAGCUGACCUUGCUCGUCCUGGCUGUGGUGCCUUUCAUGGCAGCGGCUGGAGCUGUAGAGAUGCAGGCGCUCACCGGAUACGCCGCCAAAGACAAGAAGGAGCUGGAGAAGGCUGGAAAGAUUGCUACAGAGGCCAUCGACAAUAUCCGUACUGUUGUCUCUCUAAGCAGAGAACCCAAGUUUGAGUGUUUGUAUCAGGAAAACCUUGAAGUACCAUACAAGAACUCCCAGAAAAAUGCCCAUGUGCAUGGUUUCACCUUCUCCCUUACCCAGGCCAUGAUCUACUUUGCUUAUGCAGGCUGUUUCCGCUUUGGAGCUUGGCUCAUUGUGACAGGAAGGAUGGAGGUUGAGGGAGUAUUCCUUGUUAUCUCUGCUAUACUGUAUGGUGCCAUGGCUCUCGGACAGGCCAACUCCUUCGCUCCAAACUAUGCUAAGGCCAAAAUCUCAGCUUCCCACCUCAUGAUGCUGCUGAAGAAAGAGUCCGCCAUCGACAAUCUCUCACAGGAGGGGGAGUCACCGGACAAAUUUGAUGGUAACGUGGACUUUGACAGUGUCUUUUUUAACUACCCUUCACGCCCCGAUGUGCCCAUCCUCCAAGGGCUGAAUCUAAAGGUGAGCAAGGGAGAGACUUUGGCCUUGGUGGGGAGCAGCGGCUGUGGAAAGAGCACCACCGUCCAGCUGCUGGAGAGGUUCUACGAUCCCAGGGAGGGGAGAGUGCUGCUGGACAAUAUAAAUGCAAAACGGCUGAACAUUCAAUGGUUGAGAUCUCAGAUGGGCAUCGUAUCCCAGGAGCCUGUGCUGUUCGACUGCACCUUGAGCGAAAACAUCGCCUAUGGAGACAACAGCCGCACCGCAACCCUGGCGGAGAUACAGGAAGCUGCCAAAGCAGCCAACAUUCACACCUUCAUAGAAAGCCUGCCACAGAAGUACGACACUCAGGCAGGUGAUAAAGGAGCUCAGCUGUCAGGUGGACAGAAGCAGCGUAUAGCCAUAGCCCGAGCCAUACUCCGCAACCCCAAAGUGCUGCUCCUGGACGAGGCCACCUCCGCACUCGACACUGAGAGUGAGAAGGUGGUGCAGGAGGCGUUGGACGAGGCCAGUAAGGGCAGGACAUGCAUCAUUGUGGCUCAUCGUCUGUCCACCAUCCAGAAUGCAGACCGCAUCGCUGUCUUCAAUGGAGGAGUGGUGACCGAACUGGGGACACAUCAACAGCUGCUGGCCCAAAAGGGCGUCUACCACAUGCUGGUCAACAAACAGAUGGGCCAUCAGAGGAAAUAAGAGAACAAGCAGAGGACACCGGGAGCAAUACUACACCUCUCUUUAAAAAAAUGUAACUCAGUAACCGUUUAGCUUUAGGAGAAUCUGUCUUUCAGCUGUGCCUCUCAUACUUUGGUUACAAUCAAAUUAGACAAGUUAAUUUUCAGUCAAAAAGCCAAGUCUAACUUCUGUAAUACUGUUUAUUAGUUGUUGCUUUUAUGGACCUUUUUCACAGAAGAUAUUUUGACAUGUGACAGAAAGAGAAGCACAGGUUUAAAUACACAAUGUGACAAAUAAGUUAUGUUCUACCGUAUAUGUAUUUGGACAGAUUUUGGACCGUUUAACCCACAAAUCCUAUUUUGUUUCUACAUAUGCAAGAAUUACUAACCCUUUUUGUAGAAUGUGCCUUAAUGCAACUAUUAAAGUUUUGUAUUCAGUUAUUGAAA